AUGUGUACCGAAACCAUCGCCCUCUGCGAAAGCUGCGGCUUCCACAGGCACAUGCACUACCACCGCUGUAUGGCCUGGCUAUGGACCUACCGCCAGAUCAAAUGGGGAUUCACCACCCCGCUCGACUCAAUCCCAAAAGCCAAGAACUGCCCAUUUCUUGACGGCGAGGUCAAACUAGAGAUAGAGCCCGGCCGAUGUCCCGAUGCACUGUGCCCCGGCCACAAGCUCAAGGCAGAGAUGGACGAGGUGUCGACUGACAUAAGAACGGACGCCGAUAAGAUUGAGGAGCAGCGAAUCAAGCUAGGCUUAAAGAAGAGGACGAGACCACAGGGGUUCCAGGAUCCUUUGGAGGUCGGUCGGCCGCAUCAGCGGAAGAUUCCAGUUGUUAUUUUGGAUGGGCAUCCCAACGAUGUCUCUGGAAGGAGUCAAGGGAAGCAGAGAGUUUGGGAGGAUCAGGCACAGUACGAAAUGCUCACUCCGGAACAGGAACAUGCUGGGGGAAUUGCGAUUCCAUUACACUCACCCGCCGCUGAGGCACCAGUUUUCAGACAAAGGAAAUUCAAUGGGCCGAUGAUGCUGCCGCACUGA